AUGUUGAAAGCAGAUUGGCACUCUGUGCCGGGCUGGGGAGCAACCUUCGACAUCUUUGUCCCACGGAAGAACAAGGUCCUUCCCGUGCGACAGGCACCUCCCCGUGUGUUGGCCUUCCUCGAAGCCUUCCGGACGGUCAAUGAGGAGUUGUGGCUGGAGAUGACGGAGAGUCUCAAAGUCUUGCGGGACCAAAAGCCCGAUGAUAUUCCCAGGACGCGGCUCUUGGAUCUUCUCAUCGAGGACUUCGAGGAGCGUGGCUUCUUCGGGGCCAUCGAAGCGCAGGCGGGCCCUGGGCGAAGAAAGGAGAUGCAUUGGCAUAAGGAUGGCGCCACAGGGCUUUUGCACAUGGGGAUCACUUUGCAGGGCCAGCGGCGUUUGAGGCUGCGGGCCUGGACGGACGAAGCCUGGGAACAGGAGGUCUUCAUGAGCGCCGGCCAUAUCUACCUCUCAUCUCCCUUUCUCUUCGAGCACCAGGUCACCUACCGUGAGGAUCCCACGGUGGCUUUGAUGUGCCGCUUUGGCUUCCUGGAUGAGGAGCAGGCCUUGUGGGUGAACCACCUCCGUGGCCGCAACAUGUUUGAGGCGAGAGGCGAUCAGAAACGAUGGUUUUCGUAUGGUUUUCUUCUCGUUUUUCCCAGUUGGUUGGUUUCUUUUCUUCGGUUCUUCGGUUUCCUUUUGGGUAGCAGCCAGUAG